AUGCAUAGAGUCAUUUCUACGGCCGCCGGGCCUACAGGCCAUAGAUUGGCCUCCUGGCUCCUAGUCAAGAACUCUCCAAAUUUCGCCUUGGAGCAAGCUAGAAGCUACACAGUACCCGCCUCAGCAGAACCUUUUCUGAGCGGCAGUUCAGGUCAAUAUGUGGAAGAUAUGUACAAUGCUUGGCUCGCUGAUCCAUCUAGUGUCCACACAUCUUGGGACUCCUUUUUCCGAAACUCAGCACAAGGGGGUCCCGGCUAUCAACCGCCGCCCUCCCUAGCGCCCCUCGGCAGGAACGAGGUGUCGGCCAACUCACUGCUGCCCAUGGUGGGGUCGAUGACAUCAGGGGUGGGGCAGAUCAGCGAGAAGGCCAUCGACGACCAUCUGGCCGUGCAGGCCAUAAUCAGGAGUUAUCAGACGCGGUGUUGGGUAAUUUUUAGAUCCGUGGCCACCGCAUUGCCAUGCUGGAUCCUCUGGGAAUCAACUGUGCGGACCUAG